GCAGCUGCAUUCAAGCUAAGAGUGACUGUCAAGACCAUUUUAACUUAUAAACAAGGCCUUGCGUACCAUUUGAAAAUGGCGAAUCGUUGACGAGAAAUCGAACUUUGGGCACCGCAAAAAGUGGGUCACAAUUGACGUGAUGAAUGCGGCGGCAAACAAAUUUCUACAGGUACAAUCGGGGUUUGUUUUUAUCCAUAAAUUACAAGCUUCGAAAGUGGCUUGCUCAGUGGGUUUCGUAAAUUCCUUCGCCGAGACAACGAACAUGAAUGUAUAAAAUGGACGAGCGUGUUGUGAUCAACGUCAGCGGGAUGACAUUUGAAACGAAAGAAAAAACGCUUCGUCGUUUUCCAGACACUCUUCUCGGUAGCCCCUCGAGAAGGAAACAAUAUUACAAUCCUACCGUUCAGGAAUAUUUCUUUAAUCGCCACAGAGUGGCUUUCGAAUCGAUUCUAUUUUAUUACCAAUCAGGUGGUAGGCUCAUAUGGCCUGACGACAUUCCAGCCAGCGUGUUUACGGAGGAAGUUGAGUUUUUUCAACUGGGAGAGCAAGCUCUGAAGAGUGUAGCAAAAUGCUUGUAUCAAGAUCGACGGCGUCAGCGUGUUAUUCCCCAAUGGACAUUUCAAACUCGAGUGUGGAACUUGUUCGAACAUCCCGAUACAUCCAAUUUUGCACGAGUCAUUUCCUUGUUUUCUAUAUUCAUGAUUGCCACAUCAGUCAUAAUAUCUUGCCUCGAAACUUUGCCUAGCUUUAGAGGAGCCAAAGAAUGCGACCCUAAAGUGAAUGUCAGAUGCAACGACACAACAGCCCAGAAAGACGGAGAAAACGUAAUGCUGACCUGCAAUACGGCCGAGUUGAGCGAGGAACUGGAAAACUGUACCUACAAGACCUUGGAAGUUUUUAUAGUUCUGGAAACUAUUUGUUACUCCUGGUUCUUAAUUGAAUAUCUGGUGCGCUUCGCAUCGGCUCCGAACCGUUUCCAUUUCCUUCUAUCGCCUCUAAACUUUGUAGAUCUCCUAGCCAUUAUACCGUUUUUCACCAUUUUAAUCGGAGGGAAUCGUCGCCUGGUAUCUCUGGCAGUUCUCCGAAUCGCGCGACUUCUACGAAUAUUUCGCAUUUUGAAACUAACCCGUUACUCGCGCGGAUUAAAAGUAAUGAUGUUUACCGUUCGCGAGAGCCUAAGCGAGCUAGAAAUGAUGAUGUUAUUUAUGUUUAUGAUAAUUAUUCUGUCCUCGAGUGCGGUGUUCUACACAGAUCUAGGAAUGGACGGAAGUCACUUUUCCAGCAUUCCCGACGCAUUCUGGUGGAGUUUAACAACUGUAAGUACAGUGGGCUACGGCGAUUAUUACCCGAUAACUGGGUUUGGAAAAGUUGUUGGCGGUAUCUGCGCGGUCUUUGGUGUGUUAGCGUUUUCUUUGCCGGUCAUGGCCUUCGCGAAAAAUUUUAACGCUUAUCUGAAGGGUGAACCGAUUCGAAAACACAUCGAAAAUACGAGACGAUCUCCCACGAAAAGAAUAACUAGUGACUUAUCUGGUUAAUGUUAAAAAAAUUCCUCGUCUGUACGCUAAAUGAAGAAAACCCUCUUCUACUUUUUAAUGUAUUAAAAUUCAAUUCAAGUCUUAUCGAGUGAAAUUCUUCAGUUGUGCCGAAUGUCUAGUAUUGCCACAGUAAAUUGUGAAUUCUUGAAAGCAUUUCCGAAGAUAGAAUAGUAUGAAUCUUUGCGUGGGUUGACCGCGAGAUAAAAUUCACAAUGCUUUAUCGAUGGAAAUAACUUUUUCGCCGCUAUCAGUCCUUAAUUAUUCUUCUAUUCCGUGCAGAUCUUUUUCACUAGCGCAUCAUUAUCCUCGUCUUUUAGAUAUCAAAAAAAGUCCGCCACUGAGACAUCUUUAAAAUCUGUUAACUUCAUUUUGCUUGCUUUGUGUAGUUCUUUUAUCAUAAUAACCUGCUCCCGUUUCAAUAAGCAACAUUUCAAGUGUCGCUCCACGAUAUACAUAACGGUUUCCAAAACAACUCUCAGGAAAAAAAGGUUUCGUCUGCAAUUGGACUCAAAAAGACACAUUGUUAUAACAAAAGAAAAUUGGCGACGGUAGUCCUGACAACUUCUUUUGCCUAGCAAUCUUGGAGCCUCUAUUUAUACUCAAAUUAAACCACUGCUAACAAGCGAGCUCAGGGUACUGACAAGAUGGUAAUUCUUCAUAAAAUUAAUUGCUGACUUUUAAUGACUCAUCGGAAAGCAAGAUAUUGAAUAGAACAUUUGUAUUACAUUGUAGGAGAAACUCAUUGGGAUUGCUCGUUAAUGCCAGACUGAAAACUCCGUUUAACGAAGAAAACGAUAAAUAAGUUAAAACUUUAAUGUGUGUUCCAUGUAGGAAGCCUUCAGCUCGAGCACGGACGAAGCUAGACGACUUUGAGAGCACUUUACUACUUACCUGCUCCAAGUUCUCACUGAUGAUAAAAUAUGCAUGUUCAAGAAUAAGUCCGUAUUUUAUGGCGUCAACCUUUGUUUAACCUUGAGGCGUUUUAGCCAAUCACAAGUAAAAUACGAGGAGCAUAUUAUGAAUUUUGAAUUUAGAGGUCUUCGACUCUUUAUGCCUGGAGAAAGGAUUAAGUUAGAAUGAUAUUCCUCUGCAAGAGCUUUGGCGGUGAUACUGAAACAGAUCGGCAUCUGUAGACACCCACGGCGUCGUAUGAAUAUCAUUUUAUCACGUUGCGACAAACAUAUUCUGGAAUAAUCACAGUUUGUACUUUUGCAAUUAAAUCUUAAUAUUCAAGUUCUGUCUGACGCGGUGAUAAAAUACCGCAAUUUCUAUAUCUCGUAAUAAAUACCAAGGAGAAAGCUGUUGGAAACAACCACAUUUUAAUUUUUAGCUUAUUAAAGUCAAACGACUAUAUUACGGCUUAGACCACCUAAAAUAUUGCAUAAGCAGUUCAAUUUUGGACCAUUUAGAGUUGCCCAUUGUUUUACGUUGUACAGCGUGAAGUUGAAAAUUAUCUUCCCAGUUUGCUUUCGACACUUUUUCCGCUUCCUAUCACGAUUUCUAAAUGAAGAAUAAUUUACGGAUAUUGUGUAGUUCUUUUUCAGUUAUUUAGUCGUGCAAUAACACUCUUAUUGACCAAGCUUGCCCCUGGGACCGUGGGAUAGUGAGAGAAUAUCAACCCUCGGUAUUUUCGAUUUUUCUGAUCUGUGGACUUCAGUGGAGUCCAUUCGCGUUGUCAAGACCCGAGAAAU